AAGCAAGAACCAUGCAGAAAAUGGCAUCUUGAUAGACCACUCUUUGAUCCUAUUACUCGAGCAUUUCCCGUUGAGCGAUUUCUUCUCUCCUCCCCGCUGCCAAAUCGGUUCUUUGGUCCAAUGGCGCCGGGAGCCGGGACGGCGGCGGCGGCCAAGAACCCUACCAAAACCCUCGCCGCCACCCUCCUCCUCGUCCUCCUGCUCGCCGACCUCCCGCUCUGCGCCUCCCAGCCGCCGCUGCACUCCCAGCCCCUGCCCGCCACGCAGUCCCCGGCCGCGCCCCUGCCGCCGCCGCAGCCCAGGGCCCCCCACGCGCGGGCCGGCGGCGCCGCCCGCCUCCGCCGCAUCGCGCUCGGGGUCCUCCUCGGCUCGCUCGCCGGCUUCCUCCUCUCCCUCGCCUUCCUCUACGCCAUCCGCGUCGCCGUGCUCCAUGCCGGGAACGCGCCGGCCGUCGCCCGGGGCCCCGUCUCCUUCACGCCGCAAAUCUCGCCCAAGAGCCUCCAGUGCGCGCUCCCCUCCGCGCGCCCGCUCGCGCGCGGGCCCCGCGGGACGUACCACAAGCUCGACCUCGACGGCGACGUCACCGUCGCCGUCAAGGUGCUCGACCUUGCCGCCGCCAGCCGCGCCUCGCCCUCGCCCUCGCCCUCGCCCUCGCGGCCGGCGAGCGGCUCCAAGUCCGACAUGCGGAGGGUGCAGCGGCAGCUGGAGCUGCUCGCCCGGGUGCGGCACCUCAACGUGAUGAGCCUCAAGGCCUACGUCCGCGACGCCGACCGGCUCUCGCUCGUCUACGACUUCGUCCCGGGGGGCAGCCUCGAGGACGUGAUGAAGAGGGUGAGGUCGCAGCAGGUGAGCCUCAGCUGGGACACCAGGAACAGGAUUGCGGCCGGGGUGGCCAAGGGACUGCGCCACCUGCACUUCGAGUGCAACCCCAGGAUACUGCAUUGCAACCUCAAGCCGUCGAAUGUGAUGCUGGAGGAAGGCUUCGAACCGGUGCUGGCGGAUUGCGGGGUUGCGAGGCUGCUCGAUUCGGGUUCGCCUGAUCCGGAGUCGUCCGGUAGCCUCUACACUGCUCCAGAGUGCUACCAAAGUAGCAGGUACACAGAUAAGUGCGACGUCUAUGCUUUCGGCAUGAUCCUCGGCGUUCUGCUCACCGGGAAAGACCCCGCAGACCUGUUUUUCUCAGGAGAAAGUGGACGGGGCAGCCUGGCACGAUGGCUCCGUCACAUGCAGCAUUCCGGCGACAUGAAAGAAGCGCUGGACAGCAGCAUUGUAGGGGAGGAGGUCGACGAGGAGGAGAUGGUGAUGGCCGUCAGGGUCGCCAUCGUGUGCCUCUCGGAGCUGCCAGCCGAUCGGCCAUCCAGCGACGAACUCGUAGCCAUGCUCGCCCAGCUCCACAGCUUCUAACUGCCAUCGUCGUUGCUGGAAAUUUCUGAACUUCAGAACACCCGUAUGAUAUUCCAUCUCGCGAGUCGCGAGACGACGCAGAGUGGCGCAGGAUCAUCAACCGCCGAAUUCAGUGUCCUGAGCUGAAUUCAGAUGGGAGCCAGCAAUGUAGAGGCCAAGCCAAGCAAGUGUGGCAAAAUAGCUGCCCAUCAGCUUCAUGGCGCAUGCUGGUGGUUGAAUGAGCUUCAUGUAAGAUGAUGAUGGUGAUGUUCUGGCCAUGGAUGAGCCUGGGGACAACAAAUGUGCAUAUAUGUAGUAGUAUGUGUUCUGUAGAAUGGUGCAUAUCUUCUUGUUGGAUCUCCCUUUGCUGUAGGGGGAGGGUGAUGUUUUGUCCUGUGCAUUGACCCAUCAGAGACAUGGGCCCCUCUCUCAGCUUGCCCAUGGCCUGGUGUCCGUCCGUUCGACAAGCGCGGUCGGGCCCAUCACGGGUUUGGGCAUCAUUUCUCUUCAUGUCACAUGUCUCACCACUCCGACUCGUCCUAAUCCGUACCGUACCUGGC